AUGAACGACCAAAUGGAUAAGAUUUUUAUUCAUUCAAACGAUAAUGAGAUAACCAUCAACUCCCUAGCUAACCAUUUUACAGAUACUAUUAACAAAGCAGCUACGAGUUUAAUAUCUUUCAAAAAAUUGAAGAAGAAUUCCAAUAAGGUGGGAACGAAUUCAAUUCCAAAGCAGAAUUGGUUUGAUAAUAACUGUUACCGUCUUAAAAAAGAACUACGAAACUUAGGGAAGCUAUUAUCUAAACAACCAAAUAACCCUUUUGUAAGACACUUGUUCUUCACCAAGAAAAAAGAAUACAAGAAAUUAACUAGAAAACGUAAGAGGAAUUUUCAUAGCAAUAUAUUGGAUAAAAUUAAAAUCCUGGCGGAUAGCAAUCCGAAAGCGUUUUGGAACCUUGUUAACUCAAUUAAAUCCAAUCGUACUAGUGGUUCCAACGAAAUAUCGCCCGUUGAGUG